AUGACGGACAUGGCGGACCCUAUUGAUCCGCGGCUGUUCGCCUCUUCUUCGCUGCCACCGCGCCCUCCAGCCUACACCGCGGCGCCACAGCACAACCCCGCCCAGCCCUACUACCUGCCUACACCCUCUCACCAUCACGCCGGCCCGCCGCUCUCCCAGCCCGCCCCGCCGAGUAAUGCCCUCGAUCCGGCCCUGGAGCAGACGCCACAGUCCGGCCCGGAAGGCGAUCAUGAAGACGACGACCACGACGACGACCACAACCACGACCACAACCACGACCACCGCGACGACGACGCCGACCACGAUGGCACCGCCCACGAAACCCCAGGCUCUGCCAGGUCGCCGGGCGACUUCAAGCGCCCCCGGGCCUGUGACUCCUGCCGUGGCCUGAAGGUGCGAUGUGACCAGGAACGUCCAGAUCAGUCCUGUCGACGGUGCGCAAAGGCAGGCAGGCCCUGCGUCACCACACCCCCAACUCGCAAGCGUCAGAAAAAGGCAGACAGCCGCGUUGCCGAGCUCGAACGUAAGAUUGACGCCCUCACGGCCACCCUGCAUGCGCAGAAGAGCGGCGGCGGCCACGAGGUCAAGAGCCAUGGAGCCAUCCCGCACUUCCAGGAGAGCCCGCCGACGCUGUCCAUGGCCGAGAGUCCCCUCCGUAUGGGCACCCUCAGCCACGAUUGGGGCAAUCCCACCGUGAACCGUUUCCCAGACAUACCACCAGGCUAUGGGCCAGCGAAGAACAUUCAGCGUGGCCCAGAGCCCAAGCGCAGGAAGCUCGACACCCCACAUCCUACGAUACCCGAAGACAUGGACGCCAUCCACCGCGACCUGGCCGAUCACCCCGAGAUGAAACGCAAUGCUAAAAUGCACAUGAAGAUUCACGCCGAUCACUCGCACAUCAAUGGCUUGAUCGACAGCCUCAUGUCCCCCGACAUUGCUGAGCGCGUCUUCUUGCGAUAUGUCAACGAGAUCUGCCCACACUUUCCCGCUGUACCGUUCCCGCCAGGCACAACAGCUCGCGAAAUCCGGGAGCAGAAACCACUGCUCUUCCUCUCCAUCCUCGCUGGCUCGUCACACGGAUCAGCUGAGCAGCUCGUUUCGCAGGAGGCUCAACGGGAGCUGACCAGAAUUCUGAAAGACCAGCUUGCCGACAUCAUCUGGCGCAAUGGAGAAAAGUCUAUCGAAAUCGUCCAAGCAUUACAGAUCUCGGUCCUCUGGUAUCGGCCCCCACUCCACUUCGAGCAGCACAACUUCUACAUGAUGGUCAAUUGUGCCGCUGUCAUGGCGCUUGACCUCGGUCUUGGGCGCAAGGCAACACCCAAUGUGAUGAGGCUGUCCAUUGGCCCUUUCCGGAGGUACCAUCCCAAUUCGAGCAGCAUAGAAGCACGUCGCACUUUUCUUGUGUGCUACUACCUCUGUAUGAGUAUCACCAUGGUUCUGCGACGACCCAUACUUUUGCGCUGGACCAAGUACAUGGAAGAGAGCGUCAAGAUACUUCAGACCUCGCCGGACGCUCUCCCGUCAGACAAGCUGCUAUGUCAGCAAGUCAAGAUGGCACACAUUGGGGAGAACAUCUCCGUCCAGUUCUGCAUGGACGACCCAUCGGUCGAGGUCGCCAUCUCUGAGCCAAAGGUCAUUUACGCCCUCAAGAUAUUCGAAAACGAGCUUCAGCAGCUCAAGGACGAGAAUUCCAAACUCGGAGAAGUCGAUCCUACACUCAGACUUGCCGAGCAUGUGACCAAUCUGUAUCUACACGAGAUUGCCCUACAUCAGAGCCAGGGCACGACCGACUUUCAACCGCCAUUUGUGUCAGAGUCAUUGUCCGCGAAUGUCAAGAAAGACACGCCUAUCGGCCCCGCCCAUAUCGGCGCGUUGGGGGAAUGUCUCACAGCGACACACGGUAUCCUGAAUACGAUUUUGAGUAUAGAACUUGAUACACUCCUGACACUGCCUGUCAUCUUUUGCGUCCGAGCCAUCUACGCAAUCGUCUGUCUUAUGAAGAUGUGGGUUUCCGUAACGAACUCGGGCGAAGUGGGCAGCAUCAUCAAAAAAGAAGCUCUCCAAAUCGAAAGCUUCACUGAGCGCCUCUGUACCAUGUUCAACGCCAUUGUCUCGCGCGACUCGCAAUCCCCCCACGGCAAAUUCUUCUUCGUUGCCAAGCGUCUUCAAGAACGCUUCGCCCAGAUCAAAGAAGGCUCCAGCAAGGCGGAUCAAUCCGACACCAACUUUGAACCCACACAGGCCACCAGCAACUCGGGCCGCAAAUCGUCAUCCAGACAAUCCUCUGUCAACCAAACCCCCUUGCACCUUCUCUCUGAAGUCGCAAUGGGCGGCAGCGGCAGCAGCAGUGGCAAUGGCACCGCGCCCACCCAACAACACCAACAACAUCAACAACACCAACAACAAGCCCACGCCCACGCCCACCAGCAACAACAACAACAGCAGGCCCACGCCCAAACCCAACAACACGCCCACUCCCAACAACAAGCCCAAGCCGCCCUCCAAGCCCACGCCCAACACACCCAACACCAACCCUCCCUCCCCCAGGACUGGUACCCCGCCAGCCUCACCCAAACCCCAGACAUGCUGGCCUUUCAGCAACCCGCCUUUGACAUCAACUUUGACUUUACCGCCUUUGACCUCGGUACCGGGUCCGAUGCCGAUCUCUCUGCCAUGUUCCUCCCGGACUCGAUGCAGAUGUGGCAGUAUUCGGUAGAUGUGGGUCUGCAGGCCCAGCAGGCUCAGGCUCAGGCUCAGCAGGCAUCGCAGCAGCAGCAGGGGUUUAGUGGGUUCUAG